AUGGAUCAGGCUGGAUUGAAAUUUGCCCCGCCUUUUCAGUCGUUUUUCGAUACCUCAUUUUUCAGGGAAUUUGCUAAUCUAAAGCUUAACGUGUUGAAACUUAAUGCAGAGAAGAUACCACUGUAUACAACAGUGGACCUUGCUACAAUACCCAAGGGUGCAUCUGUUGCACAUCUUUUUUUUAAUUCCCGAACAUUAGAUGAGGCUGGAUUGGAGGGUUCUGGAAUUCGUUUUCACGGUUGGUUCCAUAACUUCAAUACCCUUGGAGAGUUCAAAAUCUUAGAUAAGAAGAAAUUUCUGCAAGAUGAGGCUUUAUCGUUGAUGGAAGCAGGAUCAAAAGGUUGCUUAGAUGACGCUGUUGGUUUUGUUGUUAUCGCGUAUGCUGAUUUAAAAAACUAUAAGUUUUAUUAUUGGUUUGCAGUUCCAACGUUUCAGUCUGUUGAGUUUAAUAUGAUUAAAAAGGAACAGUUGGAGGAUAAAAGCGCGUUCCAUGAAUUCUUAGAGGAUGACUCCAUUUUAUGUGGCAUAUUAGACCCUAAUGAGGGCAAUGUUUUGAAAGGAUACAUGUCCGAAUUAAAGCUCUUCGACACACUUGUUGUAAAAGACACUAGUAAAAUAGCUGAUUGUCCUACCAGUUUGUUAAAGAACUUUUUGUCAUUAUGGAAGUCUCAAAACCCUGGAAAAGAUGGUUGCAAGGUAAUUCUUUUAAGGAAUGAGAAUAGCUUUUCAGUUGACGUCUCGUUUAGGGACAAUGUGAAUGAUGGCGAAAUAAAAACCAGCGGCUGGGAAAGAAAUGUCAAUGGCAAGUUAACGCCUAAAUUUACAGAUUUGAGAUCUUCCAUUGAUCCAUCGUACUUGGCCGAACAGAGCUUAGAUCUAAACUUGUCGCUUAUGAAGUGGAGGCAGUUGCCUGACCUUGACCUGCAAUCUGUCAAGUCUUCUAAAGCAUUAUUACUCGGCGCAGGAACCUUGGGUUGUAAUGUCGCGAGAUCACUACUGGCUUGGGGAGUACAAACAAUCACAUUUGUGGACAAUGGUACCGUUUCUGUUUCGAACCCCGCACGGCAAUCUCUAUACACUUUUGAAGAUCGCGGUCUCUCCAAAGCAGAGACCGCAGCGAAAGCUGUUAAAUCAAUUUAUCCAACUGUAAAUGCAUCAGGAAUAAACCUAGAGAUACCAAUGAUAGGCCAUCAAGUCACCGAAGAAGCAAAGCAACGCGAAUAUUAUGAGACAUUGGUUUCUUUGUUCGCAACACAUGAUGUUAUAUUUCUUUUAACAGAUUCUCGUGAAACACGCUGGCUACCUACACUGCUCGGAAACAUAUCAGAUAAAUUGGUCAUAAACGCCGCACUAGGCUUCGAUUCCUACCUAGUGAUGCGCCACGGCAAUUAUGAGCAGUCUGACGGCACUAGACUAGGCUGCUACUUUUGCCACGACGUUGUAGCUCCUAGUGAUUCUCUUACAGACAGAACGUUGGACGAAAUGUGCACUGUAACUCGCCCAGGAGUAGCUUUAAUGGCUUCCGCUCAAGCUGUAGAGUUAGCAGUCUCAGUUCUACAGCAUCCAGAAAAAAAUAAUUCUGCACCGAACGCUACAUCCAUAUUAGGCGAAGUACCGCAUCAAAUAAGAGGGUUUUUGAGUAAGCAUAACCUUGUAAAACUUCACACACCCGCCUAUAAACAUUGUGCUGGAUGCAAUAGAGAUGUCAUUGAUGCAUUACGCAGCGAUGGCUGGCAAUUUUUAAAGCAGGCAUUGAACGAUUACAAAUUCAUCGAGCGGCUAAGUGGAUUAUCACAAGUCCAACAGGAUACCGAGAAGAUUCUAAACGAGAUGGAAGACUUGAACUUUGGUAUUCAGUAG